GCUUCUUCUUCUUCUGCUUCUUCAACCGCCGCUUCUUCUUCUUCUUCUUCCACCGCGUAGAGGGCGACCCUUUCCGACCCGACUCCCGUUCUCCGGCCGGCUGCAACACCCAGAGAGGAGGGGGAAACGGAAAAACCUCCAGCCCGAAGACUGCAGCGUGUGUUGGUCGAGUCGAUCGGCUGGGAAGCCACAGCCGGCCCCGCUGCCGCUCCUGCUGCUGGGAGACUUCCUGGGCUUACCGAGCGGCUCCGAAGGAUGACCGCCGCACGGCUCGUUGCUGAAUCCCGGUGAACGAACGGCGUCUCAUGUCCAAACGGCGGAAGGAUGGCUCAUGGCAAAGUGACCAUCACGGUGGACGAGUACAGCUCCAACCCCACGCAGGCCUUCACGCAUUACAACAUCAACCAGAGCCGCUUCCAACCUCCACAUGUCCACAUGGUAGACCCCAUUCCUUACGACACUCCCAAGCCGGCGGGACACACCAGGUUCGUGUGUGUUUCCGACACACACUCGCGUACAGAUGGCAUCCAGAUGCCCUACGGCGACGUUCUGCUCCACAUGGGCGACUUCACAGAGCUCGGCCUUCCGUCUGAGGUCAAGAAGUUCAACGACUGGCUAGGUGGCCUUCCGUACGAGUUCAAAGUGGUGAUCGCCGGGAACCACGAACUGACCUUCGAUAAGGACUUUAUGGCAGAGCUGGUCAAGCAGGAUUACUACAGAUUCCCUUCAGUCUCCAAACUCAAACCGGAGGAUUUUGACAAUGUCCAGUCGCUCCUCACAAACUGUGUGUACCUGCAGGACUCGGACGUCACCAUAAAGGGAUUCCGGAUAUACGGGACGCCGUGGACUCCGUGGUUCAACGGCUGGGGGUUCAACCUGCCUCGGGGUCAGUCUCUGCUGGAUAAAUGGAACCUCGUCCCUGAGGGCGUCGACAUCCUGAUGACCCACGGACCGCCGCUGGGUUUCAGAGACUGGGUUCCUAAGGAGCUGCAGCGGGUCGGCUGCGUGGAGCUGCUCAACACGGUCCAGAAGAGAGUCCGGCCCAAACUUCACGCCUUCGGAGGCAUUCAUGAAGGGUACGGCAUCAUGACGGACGGCUUCACGACGUUCAUCAACGCGUCGACGUGCACCGUCAGCUUCCAGCCCACCAACCCCCCCAUCGUGUUCGACCUGCCCAACCCCUCCAGCUCCUGAGGUCGCCGCCAUCGAACGCCGCCACCGCCGUCAGGAGGAACGACUUUUCUACGAAAAAAAAAAAAAGAUUCAACCGUUCCUUUGCAAGUGUUUUUUUUUUUUUUUUUUUUUUUUGCUUUUGGAGAAAAAAGCGACGGGAAAACGCGGCGUUAAAGGAGAAUAUCGGUGUUUUUCUGGGUUUUUUUUUUUCUUAUUCUGUGCCAACUGUCCGGACUUUUUGCUUGGCAUCACUCCAUCGUAUUUGAUCGUUGAAGAAGGUGAACUAAUCCUUUAAAAAAGAGAAAAGAAACAUGGUUUUACCUGAGAACAGCGAAACAUUGAAGUUGUUUUUGUCUAUAAGCCAGCAGAACGUUUUGGGUUCGUCCCACCGGUAUUCUCCUUUUUCUAUGAGAUUUUGUGGUUAAACAAUCUUGCUCUUGAUAAAUAUUGGUCAGAACUGUAAAAUAAACGACGCUUUGUGAAUUUGUACAAUUUCUUUACAGUUUGGUUUGGCCAGACGACGGAUGCCAUUGUUAUUACGUUGUGUCAUAUGAUAAAUAUUCAGUUUCUUUUUUGCUUUCUCGUCAGUUCUUUCUCUCCUCCUAUUGGCUGACAGGGACGCUGCCUUAAACUAGCUUUAAUGUUCUUAUUUAUUACCCAUCAUCCCCCGCUGAACAACACCUGACGAUCGGCGGGACGGAAAGCUACGAAAACAGCCACAAUAUUCACUUUUUAUCAUGGAUUCUUCAUCUGAUUUGGAAAAUGUAUAAUAUCAUAUAUAUAAAUUAUAUAUUCAUCUUUUAAAACACCUGUACUAAAGUUGUGUUUCGAAGAAGAAAAAAAGUUUUUCUGUAUCUUCAGUGCUUGCAUCAUUUCUCCAUGUUUUUGUAGAAACGGUCACAAUCCAACAGGUGUUUUUCCUGAAACACGCCUGCCUAAACAUGGAUAACAAAGUGUAAAAUCUGAUAGUUUUGUGUUUUAUUGCUUUUUUUUCUCCUAAUUUUGCACUGUGUGUAAAUGCAAUCUUGCUAGCACAAAAAAUGUUUUGCCAAUAGUCGUCUGAACUCAGCUGUAAAUGCUCUUUUUCGUGCUCUCUCCCUCUCUCGCUGUUUCUCUGAUUGUAUCGCCAUGGAAACGUUAGUUCUCUUUCAGUUUAUUGUGAUAUUUAGCUGCCUUUAUAUGCAAAUAAAAUUGCAAGAUUUUUACUUAAA